CAUUCUUCUGCUCCUGGGAAGGGACAUCAUUCAGGCUCAUAAAGUUCGUGGUCAGGUAAAUGGGCCAAACAAUGCACCUCAUGCCCAGCGUCUCGAUUUAGGAUGGGUUGUCAUAGGUGAUGUCUGUCUCUCUGGAGCUCAUAAACCCACAUUGAACUCAUUUAAGACGAACGUUCUAAACAGUGGACGUCCCACGUUCCUCAGUCCUUGCGAAAACACAAUCGUUAUCAAAGAGAAAUACACCAAAAACGAUCCACUAAACACACAAGCGGAACUAGGACAACAUAUUUUCCAACAAACAACAAAUGACGACAAAGUUGCACUUUCGGCAGAAGAUGCGUUGUUCCUAGACAUUAUGCACAACAACUUUGCUAAAGAUGAGGCGAAUAACUGGGUAGCUCCACUUCCAUUCCGCUCACCUAGGCGGCGCCUACCUGACAAUCGGCAGCAGGCCUACAAUCGUUUAAUGUCGCUCCGCAAAACGCUGAGAAGAAAACCUGAAAUGAGAGCGCAUUACGCUGAGUUUAUGGAGAAAAUAUUCAGCAAGGGCCAUGCCGAACCAGCGCCCGCACUGGCGCCAGAUCAAGAGUGCUGGUAUCUCCCUAGUUUUGGCGUUUACCACCCGCAAAAGCCAGAAAAAAUUAGGGUAGUCUUUGAUUCGAGUGCUCAACUUGACAAUGUUUCUCUCAAUGACGUGCUCCUCAAGGGACCAGAUCUUAACAACACUCUCGUAGGAGUUCUGAUGCGGUUUAGGUCCGACCCAUACGCCGUUAUGGCAGAUGUGGAGCAUAUGUUUCACAACUUUAUAGUACGAGAAGACCACCGUAACUACCUUCGUUUCUUGUGGUUCCAAAAUCAUGACCUUGAUGGAAAAGUGCAAGAAUUUAGGAUGACUGUCCAUGUGUUUGGUAAUUGUCCUUCCCCAUCAGUCGCCAUCUUUGGACUGAAAAGAACAGCCAUAGAAGGAGAAAUGGAAUUUGGCAGUGACGCAAAAGAAUUCAUUGAACGGCACUUCUAUGUAGAUGAUGGGCUAAAGUCAUUCUCUUCCAUAGAGCAGGCCAUUGAUGUUCUUAGUAGGGCACAGAAGAUGCUGGCUCAGUGUAACAUACGCCUGCACAAAAUCUCAUCCAAUUGUCCUCUCAUAACAGGAGCCUUUCCAACCGAAGAUCGUGCUGUAGGCAUGCAAGGUCUUGACAUUGGGCAGACUACCCCACCAAUGCAGCGCAGUUUGGGCUUAGGAUGGGAGCUGUUGACUGACCAAUUCAAGUUCCAAGUAAGAGUAAAUGAAAGGCCGUUCACAAAAAGGGGAGUUCUGUCAGUUAUCAACAGUGUGUUCGACCCACUUGGUUUUGCUAUUCCAGUAAUCGUAGGGGGUAGAACCAUACUCAGAGACAUUUCCACAAAUGUUUCAGAGUGGGACACUGAACUGCCAAAAGACAAAUUAGAACAGUGGCAAAAGUGGAAAAGUUCCCUCGGACACCUACAACAUCUUGAAAUUCCCAGAAUGUACACUUCAAUACCGCUGUCUGCAGCCCAAAGAAUAGAGAUUGACGUUUUUUGUGAUGCUUCCACAAAAGCCGUAGGUGCGGUAGCCUACCUCAAACUCACAAAUGAGGACGGACACAGCGAAGUGGGAUUCCUCCUCGGCAAAGCACGUUUAGCUCCUAAACCAGACAUCACCAUACCCCGACUUGAACUCUGUGCAGCAGUCCUGGCCGUGGAAGUAGCAGAGUUGGUUCUAGAGGAGCUGGAUGUCACAGUCGAUCAGGUGAAUCUUUACACAGACUCAAAGGUAGUGCUUGGGUACAUCUCAAACACCAAGAGACGCUUUCACGUUUAUGUGCACAACAGAGUCGAACGCAUCAGGCGCUUUGCACAAACUCACCAGUGGCAUUACGUGCCCACACACUUAAAUCCGGCAGACCAUGCCACACGAGCGUUGCCCGCUGAGCAGCUCUCCAGCUCCACCUGGCUCAGAGGCCCAGCUUUCCUCUCCAGGUUGGACCAAAGUCAAGUUCGAAGUCAAACCUUCGAUCUCAUAGACCCAGAGACUGACUGUGAGUUGCGUCCUGAGGUAACAACUUGCACUACCACCCUAUCAAAAGGCCAGUUUAAUAGUGCCAGAUUUGAAAGGUUUUCAAGUUGGAAGGUGCUGCAAAAGGCUAUUGCCAAACUCCAACAUAUAGCUCAAUCAUUCAAGAACAACUCUGAGGUUUCCUGUCGUGGCUGGCACAACUGCAACAAACAUUUAACUGAAAAGUCACUGCAACUAGCCAAGACCACGAUCAUUCGCACCGUUCAAAGAGAGGUCUUCGCAGAAGAUAUUGGAUGCAUUGAAAAAGGCACAGCUCUAAAAAACUCAAGUCCACUCAGCAAACUGAAUCCAUUUGUUGACACGCAAGGGCUCCUUAAAGUUGGAGGCCGACUAAAGAAAGCACAGUUGUCUGCAGAAGAAACCAAUCCCAUACUCGUCCCUGGAAAGCAUCAUCUUGCUCAGCUCAUAAUAAGACACUUUCACGAAAAAUUAUGUCACCAGGGAAGGCAUUUCACGGAGGGAGCAGUCAGAGCAGGGGGCUUUUGGAUUGUGGGAGGAAAAAGAGCAGUAAGCAGUGUGAUUUUCAAGUGCAUCACAUGCCGCAAAUUAAGGGGCAGGCAACCUGAACAGAUAAUGGCUGAACUUCCUGAGGACAGGCUGUCCACGGACCCUCCUUUCACAAAUGUAGGCCUUGAUGUGUUCGGUCCCUGGUCCGUUACAGUGAGAAAAACGCGUGGUGCUAAUGCAGAUGCUAAAAGAUGGGCAGUCAUAUUCACCUGCAUGAGUACACGUGCAAUUCAUAUUGAAGUGAUUGAGUCAAUGGACACAUCGUCAUUCAUUAAUGCACUGCGUCGUUUCUUUGCCAUCCGAGGUGGUGCCAAACUCUUGAGAUCUGAUUGUGGGACAAAUUUUGUGAGUGCCUGCAAAGAGCUCCAAAUAGACAAACUAGGCUGUCACAAUGACAAAAUAGGCACAUUCUUGAAAGACAGUGCGUGCAAAUGGCAGUUUAAUCCUCCACAUGCAUCCCAUAUGGCUGGUUCCUGGGAACGCAUGAUCGGCGUCACCCGAAAAAUCCUCAAUGCAAUGCUCCUUGAACAUCCAUAUGGGAAGCUCACACAUGAAGUACUCGUAACAUUGUUAGCUGAAGUCACCGCAAUUGUAAAUGCACGCCCGCUAACAGCCGUUUCUACAGAUCCCGAAAACCCAGUCAUUCUUACUCCUGCGAUGCUACUCACGCAAAAGGUUGGCACACCACCGAUUCCACCAGGGCAGUUUCAGACCAGUGACCUAUUCAAAGCCCAAUGGAAGCGCGUGCAGUACUUAGCUAAUGUUUUCUGGAGUCGUUGGCAGAAAGAAUACAUCGCAGGCUUGCAGGUUCGUCGCAAGUGGAAAACAAAAAAGCCAAACCUUCAAAUGGGCAACGUUGUUUUAAUGAGGGAGUCUCUAGAACAUAGGAAUAAUUGGCCACUCGGACUGAUCACAAAAUCUUUCCCAAGUGAGGACGGUAAUGUCAGAAAAGUUGAGGUUAAGAUUUGCCGAAACGGCGAGAAUAGGUUUUACAUUCGCCCAAUUCGUGAAGUUGUGCUUUUGAUGUCUAAGGAUAGCAUGUAAAACGAGUUGUUGUUUUGUAUCGUUCAUUAGUUAAGGGCUGACAUCUUGCAGAUGUCAGGCGGGGAGUGUUAUGUCCUCUGGUCUUAUGUUGACUACUUUUUGGGUUUAAUUUCUUUCUAAGAUUGUACAUUGUUCAUCCGUCCACAGGAUGUCGCUAUUCUAACUCAGAAUCUUAAGUUUUUCUUUGGUAUUGCUGUUUGCGCUCGGCUUCCCCUAGUGGCGACUUGCUGUAAGCAGCAGGCAGAAAGAACUUUUUAUUUCAGUUGGAAAAGAGGCCUUGAGGUGUUAAGACGUUACACACCUCCUCUGCACCAUACAUCGUUGGGAACCCUUGACAAAACAAAAUCUUUUUACCACACACACACGCGCACACGUUCACGCGAAGAAAUAAA